GCGGGUAGUCGAAGGGGAAAUAACCGAGCGGCGCCGUCAGAGGAAGCCCCGAAGGAUGCGCGUCUUUCAGGCACAUUAUUCAGUGUCCUGUACCAAUAAACCAUGCAUGCUGCUGCACAGAGACCCGGCCGACACGAAUGAAAAUUAGUAAAAACUACAAUUUUAUCAUCAAAAAUCUUACUGCAUUGCGAUAUCAUUCACGGUAUUGUCGAUAUUCUUUCUACCCGUUGCAGGUGGCGUUGCCUACUUUCACGUUCCAGCGUUCUCCGGCCGGCGUAGCGAACGUUUCGCCUCCCCUGUUGACGAAAGGUGCGUCCCGUCCCCUAGAGGCCCGAUCGGGAACCUCGCCUCUGGACCGCCGCCCUCCCGCCGCUCUCCUCCGGCAUGCGGUGACUGAGGCCGAGGCCCGACGAAGGCGCAGCGGAUCCGGUGGCGCCGAGCUUAGAUGAAGGAUGAAGAGCCCGGUGCACAGAUGCAGGGACGUGGAGCACGGGCGCCGGACCGGCUCCGGGUCCGGGACCGGCUACCUCCAGACGGCCGAGCGGCGCAUCCCCAUCCCCAAAGACGUCAUCACCUCCUCCGCCGCCUCCGCCAUGUGGUUCAUCAGGGACGCCUGCGGCAUCGCGUGCGCCGCCAUCACCUGGCUGCUGGUGCUGUACGCCGACUUCGUGGUUCUGUUCGUGAUGCUGCUGCCCUCCACGAACCUGACCUACAGCAUCGUGAACGGGACCCUGUUCAACAUCCUGGCCUUCCUCGCCCUCGCCUCGCACCUCCGGGCCAUGUGCACCGACCCUGGGGCGGUGCCUAAGGGGAACGCCACCAAGGAGUACAUCGAGAGCCUCCAGCUGAAGCCGGGCCAGGUGGUCUACAAAUGCCCCAAGUGCUGCAGCAUCAAGCCCGACCGGGCUCACCACUGCAGUGUGUGUAAGCGCUGCGUACGCAAGAUGGACCACCACUGCCCGUGGGUCAACAACUGUGUCGGGGAGAGCAACCAGAAGUACUUCGUGCUUUUCACGAUGUACAUCGCCCUGGUGUCUCUCCACUCUCUGCUCAUGGUGGUCUUCCAUUUCCUCUACUGCUUCGAAGAUGAUUGGACGAAGUGCAGUUCCUUCUCUCCUCCAGCAACAGUCAUCCUCCUCAUCCUCCUGUGCUUUGAGGCCCUCCUCUUCCUCAUCUUCACCUCCGUGAUGUUCGGCACCCAGGUCCACUCCAUCUGUACCGACGAGACCGGCAUAGAGCAGUUGAAAAAGGAAGAGAGAAGAUGGGCUAAAAAAACUAAGUGGAUGAACAUGAGGGCGGUAUUCGGACACCCGUUCUCCUUUUUGUGGUUUAGUCCGUUCUCCACGCCUGACCACGGGAAGGCCGAGACCUACCAGUAUGUGGUGUGAAUCGAGGCGGACGCGAGUGGGAAGCCCCGCCCCCCCCAGUAGAGCUCAGCUGUGGCAGCCCAGUGCUCCCGGUGCUGACCACGAUCUCCCCAUUGCAUGUAACAUUAGCCACGGAACAGCUUCCCCAUCUGCCGCUUGGUUUUUUUGCCGUCCGAGUGCGCUUCACCUCUUUAUUUUUUUGUGUUGCCUUGUGGAGUUGCAGAGAAAAAGAAAAGCACUUUUAUUUUUUGGACGAUCCUGUUUGAAAACACUGUGAUGAAUCAGUUUGAGUCUCUUGAUCCGUUUCUGUUCUUGAACUUUGUUUCCUUUGCGUUGGCUCAGUUAAAUUCCAAAGAAGACGUCGUCUCACCGAUCCCUGGUGAGGUCUGGCCAUGCUGGGAGUUUUAGCCCCUCCCCCUCCCAACAUUCAAUGUAGAGCUGCCAAUGAGGAUUCAUUUCAUUAUUGAGAAAUCUGACAAACAAAAUGUGUUAUUUUCUUAAUCGACAAAAUAUCAGAGAUUUAGUUCAAAUAAAUCCCAAACUAUCUGCAUGGUUACAAACCACGAGUGGGAGGUGGAGCGAUGUCUCUCUGCAGCGGGGACGAGUCGAGCCUUUUUAAAGCAUCCGCUGGUCAGACCGUGAUCCAAGAGAACCGUAGAACCUUAGAACCUUAGAGCUUUAGAACCUUAGAGCUUUAGAGCCUUAGAGCUUUAGAACCUUAGAGCUUUAGAAUCUUAGAGCUUUAGAACCGUAGAGCUUUAGAAUCUUAGAGCUUUAGAAUCUUAGAACUUUAGAGUCUUAGAGCCUUAGAGCUUUAGAACCUUAGAGCUUUAGAAUCUUAGAGCUUUAUAGUCUUAGAGCCUUAGCGCUUUAGAGCCUUAGAGCUUUAGAGUCUUAGAGCGUUAUAGUCUUAGAGCUUUAGAGCCUCAGAUCAAGGGUUUUAGAGCUUUAGAGCCUUAGAGCCUUAGAGCUUUAUAGUCUUAGAGCUUUAGAGUCUUAGAGCUUUAUAGUCUUAGAGCUUUAUAGUCUUAGAGCUUUAUAGUCUUAGAGCUUUAGAGUCUUAGAGCCUUAGAGCUUUAUAGUCUUAGAGCUUUAGAGCCUUAGAGCUUUAUAGUCUUGGAGCUUUAGAGCCUCAGAUCAAGGGUUUUAGAGCUUUAGAGCCUUAGAGCUUUAGAGUCUUAGAGCUUUAUAGUCUUAGAGCUUUAGAGUCUUAGAGCUUGAGAGCUUUAUAGUCUUAGAGCUUUAGAGUCUUAGAGCCUUAGAGCUUUAUAGUCUUAGAGCUUUAGAGCCUUAGAGCUUUAGAGUCUUAAAGCGUUAUAGUCUUGGAGCUUUAGAGCCUCAGAUCAAGGGUUUUAGAGCUUUAGAGCCUUAGAGCUUUAGAGUCUUAGAGCUUUAUAGUCUUAGAGCUUUAGAGCCUUAGCGCUUUAGAGCCUUAGAGCUUUAGAGUCUUAGAGCGUUAUAGUCUUGGAGCUUUAGAGCCUCAGAUCAAGGGUUUUAGAGCUUUAGAGCCUUAGAGCUUUAGAGCCUUAGAGCUUUAGAGUCUUAGAGCUUUAGAGUCUUAGAGCUUUAGAGCCUUAGAGCUUUAUAGUCUUAGAGCUUUAUAGUCUUUGAGCUUUAUAGCCUUAGAGCUUUAUAGUCUUAGAGCUUUAGAGCCUUAGAGCUUUAGAGUCUUAGAACUUUAUAGUCUUAGAGCCUUAGAGCUUUAGAGUCUUAGAGCUUUAUAGUCUUAGAGCUUUAGAGCCUUAGAGCUUUAGAGCUUUAGAGUCUUAGAGCUUUAUAGUCUUAGAGCUUUAGAGUCUUAGAGCUUUAUAGUCUUAGAGCUUUAGAGCCUUAGAGCUUUAGAGUCUUAGAGCUUUAGAGCCUUAGAGCUUUAGAGCCUUAGAGCUUUAGAGUCUUAGAGCUUUAUAGUCUUAGAGCUUUAGAGCCUUAGAGCCUCAGAUCAAGGGUUUUAGAGCUUUAGAGUGCUUUAGAGUGUUAGAGCUUUAGAACGUUGGAGCCUUAUGGUGUGUUCACACCGGACGCGUCGAAAUUUCGACGCGCGUCGAGAUUACAUGCAAAGUCAAUGCACAGCUGCGUAGAAGCUGUGUAGCUGCGAAUUUUCCAGCGAGCAGCGCGUCAGACGCGUUUGAAGCAGCACGAACAGAGCGUUUGCCGCGGGGCGAACAGCGCGAACAGACGCAGCUCGUCGACGCGCGAGUUGAAAUUUCCCAACUCCGGCAGCAAAAACGCGUGAGUCAUAGUUGCGUCAGCCAAUCAGCGUUGAGCAGCUCCGCUCGUCAUUGUCCUGCCGGUUUAAAAAAUGGAGGAAAAGAUUAUUGUCGCCGUUUGUGGGCAACCCGAACUUUAUGACACGACUCUUUAUGCUUACCGAAACCGUAGCUUUAAAGAUGAAGCGUGGAAGAAGGUCGGAGAAGCCGUGGGACUACCUGGUAAGUUUUGAAUGUAUGUAUUUGCUUUUAUUCUCGCUAUUUGUUGUACUUUACUAUCAACCAACCGCCGGCAUAUGUGUUUCAUGGCAGAGGAGAUCUGCCGUCGUAGGUGGAAAAGUCUCAGAGACACGUAUCAAAGAGAGAAGAGAGAGAGAGCAGCGCAGUGGGAGUGCAGCUCAGUCCACUAACAAGUGGAAGUACUCUGCGGUCCUGUCGUUCCUCGACCCAUUUAUACUCCGCCCCCGACGCGUCUGGUCUGAACACACUUUUUUCGACGCGCGUCCAGAAUUUUUUCUACGCGUCCGGUGUGAACGCACCAUUAGACCUAUGGGCUUUAGAGUCUUAGUGAAUUAGAACGUUAGUGUUGGAGCUUUAGAAAUUUAGAGCUUGAGAACGUUAGAUCUUUGCGCUUUAGGGCUUUGGAGCGUUAAAGAUUUAGAAUGUGAGAUCUCGUUCUUGAGUUUUCUUCCCGUGAAAUGCUGCGAGUGAGUUCCAGUUCCUCUGUGAAACCGUGAGGCAGUAAUUCUCGUCCUGGUUCAGAGCCCCACUCGUCGUGACUGGCUGAUGCUUUGAAUCGUGCCGUGAAAGCUCAGAACAAUUGUCCCAAUAAUGAUAACACACUCUGCAUCAUAUCCUCAUUCUGUGAAAAGUAUAAAUAUAUGUUGUACUGCCCCCUGGUGGGUAAAGGCCUUCUAGGCUGACCCUUUUUAAAUGGUGUCAAAUGCAACACCUAAAGCGACUGUGUGCCAGCGUUAUCGGGGAUGUUUGGUAUAUUAAAUAUAUCACAAAGUAAUUUGACUUGUUCCCCCAUUCAUAGACCACGCCCAUCAGCUCAGGGCCUCGGCCAAUCGAUUCUCCUUAAUGCCGGUGCUCUGUUUACCCUUGGAUCAUGUCAAUGCUGUACAAUAACCAUUCUGUAUUGUAAAUAUUGAGUUCCCUGUGAGGUCCAGGAGAUGUCUGACCAGCAGAUAAACGGUGUUGUAUUUGAGCCUCACGAGGCCCAGAAGGUCCCACUGCCACUUUCUAAAGACUCUUAAUGCCUCCAUGUGGCCCAGGUGUGGAUCCUCCCUGAUACAUGCCCGGCAUGAACAAAGCCUUUUGUUCCCGGGCGCAGAUGAAUCUGUUUCCCCCAUAAACAAAAAACCAAAAUGUCAGCGUGCUGAAUCAUUCUGUUUCUGCUUUUUAUGAGGACGCAAAAUGGUUUCACUUGAUGCGGAUGUCGACCUCAUCGUGUCUUUUUUUUUUUUUUAAGAACCAAAACAUUGUUGUGUGUGUGUUGACGUUGUGAGCGCAUGCCAUAUUCAGUGAAACUUACAAAUACAUGAAUAUUUGGGAAAGCUUUAACAUGUAAAAAAAGUAAAAGUAUUGAAAUGUAACUCGUGUGUGGAGUCGAGGGGCCGCGUGAACACGCUGAGCGGCGUGGUUACGGGAGCGAGUCCCGAUACCUUCUGCAUCUUUUGCACUUCUGGUUUCCUCGUCUUCAUCAAGUCGAUUUAUUAUGUUCUUCCAUGUGGUUAGUGGCGAGCUGCGUGACGCAUACGAGACGUUGACGUGUUCCACCACGUUAAAACUCGUCGGUGGAUGCAUCCUCGCCGGAGCGCUCGUCUUCCUUUUCGCGUCGAUGUGGAGACGUGAAGUCACGUGACCGCGUGGAGCUGUAUCGGCUUCUUUAAAGCCCCAUUAUGUCGUUUUUCCCUUUUAGCGCCCCCUUCAGUUUUUGAGGUAUUUAACGUUUACUUCAGUGUCGUAAAUACCCAGUUACAAUAGACGCAGCCUCGCAUACACUUGUAUUGAGUUGGGAUCAUGUGUUGUCCUGUAUUAUAAUUAUAAUUAUUGUUAUUAUUUGUACGUGUCACGGGUUAUAAAAGGUGACGAGGGGGAGGUGACGCGAGGUUUUUUUUGUUUGGAGCGCGCUGACAUGCUGAUGGAAAUGUCACUCUUGCCUGUCUUCAAAACUUAAGAGCCCUGCUAAUACGAAGACUGCGCAGGAACACUGUGAACUGGGCCAGCACCGACCGGACUAGGGUGAAGGAGCGCGGGGAUUGAACGCGGCGCCUCGCCAUGUUUCCGCCUGGUCGGUCAGCUGUUUGCCGGCUUUGGGCGUGCAGUCAUUUACUUUUGUUUUGGGGGACUGCAAAGACUUUGGGACUGUCGGGAUCUGGGGAUUAUACUUCGUUUUGAGUGGGUUUGAUUGUUUGUAGUGUAUGUGUUCAUUUUGGGGGCUUGCAGAUGCAUUGAAUUUGAUUUAAUAUAAUAACAUUUGGGUUUCCGCA